AUGUCCCAAUUCCCUGAAGAACCCCUUUCCGAAUCUGCCGCUGAUGGAUCAGGAUACUUUCCCGCCUUUCCAGGUCUUAAGCUAGGUGAAAACAGGUACGAGGUCAUACGCAAGCUAGGGUAUGGACCACGAUCGUCUGUAUGGCUCGCCCUGGAUGCACAGGAUGAUCGUUACAUAGCACUCAAGAUUCUGACUGUACAUGCGACGAACCAGGCAAACUAUGAGCUGGAAGUUCUUAAAAUGAUCCAAAGGAGAGGCCUGGACGAUCUUCCAAGUCUACAAUGUCAUUUCAUCCAGAACAGUGCCCAUGGAGAACAUCUUUGCAUCGGACUCGCGGUACUUGGCACGUCACUGGAGGACCUGCGCUUGUCUUCUCCUACCAAAACUUUACCCGUCCACAUUGUGCAGAAGGCAGUGGCGUCCAUAAUGGUGCCUCUUUUAGAGCUUCAUAAACUUUCCCUCAUUCACGGCGCUGUGACCGGUGAUAAUAUCCGUUUUUUUAUAGGGAAUAAUAAGGGAGAUAUAGAGAGUAGGUUGGCUCAGCUCCCUCCGUGCAAAAUCGAAAAAGUCGUGGCAAUCAAUGGAGUCGAAUACCCGGUCGUUCGAUCACAGCCUAUUACCCACGGUUACGAUUGGAAUGAAACACAGUCCUCUUUUGUAAAUUGCUCUUUGUAUCUUAGCAACGUCGGUCAUGGUAUUAUCAUGCUAUACACUAAAUGCUAUAACUAUGUUGCUCUUCGACCACCGGAGACCAUCAUCGAGACCUCAUAUGACAGCAAGGUCGAUAUAUGGAUGCUUGGAUGCGCGGUAUACCAGCUUUUAACAGGAGAUCCACUCGUGCUCCCUGAAAAAACUGAGGACGAGGGUGACCACCUUGCAUGGAUUCAGGCAAUGGUUCAAGACCGCUUCAAGCGGGAACUCGCGAUUCGCUCUCCUGUCCGAGAAUGCUUUUUUGCCGAGGAUGGAUUUUUCAUUGAAGACAUCCCUGAAGAUACGCUUGAAAGCCGUUUUGCUUCUAGCGGAAUGCCAAACAUUACACCAGAUCAAACUCGAGGCGCUGUUCAAUUCUUAGAGAGAUGUUUAGUCCUGGAUCCUGCCGAUAGGCCUACCAUAGCAGAACUGAAGAGUCAUCCAUGGCUGCGGCCGGGAUUUGCAUGCUCGUGUGUCUUCCGUAGUAUACCUCCUCUCUUGGCGGAUCAUCCCCUUCAGCCCCUAUCAAAGAUGGAUUUACGGCCUCAAUUGCAAGCUCUGCCGACAGAACUCCUUGACGAAAUUGUGAUUUCUAUACCAUUGCAUUCCGCUCCGUCUACGAUCCUUUCAUUGAUUUUGACAAGUCGUGUUUUUUACACCAAUCUAUACCCACGCCACCUCUACUCGCGAGUCAUACUGAGGGAUGAGCGAAGAACAUCCCAGGCUAUCACCAACAUUUUCGAAAACCCAAACCUUGGGCGACACGUCAAGGGCAUUCACAUUUUGUACAACCCAACCCGGGAGCCCAAAUGUCCCUUGAACGUUACAGACGGAGUGGAAGGAUUGAUAACUCUGGGCUUGCUUCCAUCACUUCAAAGCUUCACUUUCCAUGCGCAGGCAGGGUGGAAUGGCUACGGUCAAAACGUUUAUGGGGGAUUUUCGCAAAAUUUCUUCGGAAAUAUAAUCAAGAAAUGCCCUCUUCUUUCAGAGUUUGUUUUAUCGGGACCCGAAGACUCAUUUUUCACACCUCUGGCGUACGAUCUAGGGAUGAGUGUGCUCAAAGAUUCCAAAACUCUCAAAACCCUCGGGCUCGACUUCUGUAAUACCACCCUUGGGACAACCUCUGGAUUCGAUAUAGUUGCCGGAAAUGGAAGACUUUUGUCAUUCACCCUGAACAGUUUAUCUCUCUCCUUUGGCUCGUGCAGCAAGCUUCCCUGCAUCUCCCCAAUAUUAAGGUUGCAUUUCCCCAAUCUGAAGAGGUUGACAUUGGCUUCCUUCUGUCUCAGUGAUACUGCAGAAGCAAUGUCGUUCUGGAGACGCCAUCCUACUUUGCAGACACUUUCCUUACCUUCAGACAACCCCGGUCAGCCCCUAUUCUCGAACGACAUCAAUCAGGGGUUCUUGCCUAAUUUAGUGCAUCUCGAGGCAGACCUAAACGAGGUUGCUGCUUUAGCGCCAAUAAUACACCAGUUGACUCGUCUGUGUGUACGACGGUCGAUCGCAAAAGAAUUCCCCAUUCUACUUCAACGAGUAUUCCCUGAUGGACAGUCCAGAAUACGAAGUCUUGAAAUCGAAGGAGCUUUGAAGCGCAGUCAGAUUCCGAACCCAUUGGCAUUUUCAGAUUAUAUUUUAAGCAUUGCAAAAAUCAUCCCUGCGUUGGAAGAAUUUGGUUUGACGUGUAGAAAUUUGAGCAUGCAAUUAUUUUUUGAAAGUCUCCUUGAGGAUCGGGUUCAAGGCCUCCAACUCAUGAGAAGGCUGUACAUAGGAUACAGGGAUUAUCAUGUGCAUUCCGAAGAAUCAAGAGGACGAUAUCUUGCACUUGUCACCAACCUAUCCGCUCAAAAAUGGGAAUCACUUGACUCGGUGACGGACAUUUCGAAUCGGUACGACUAUCCUUAUACCGUUGCCAAUGUGGUACGAAAUGAAGAAGGAAAGGCGACGUGGGUAGAGGUCGGGAAAGGAAAUGGCAUGCAGAUCGGAUAUGAAAAUAGUCCCUUUGGAAGUAUUCCAGGAUCAGGAUGA